GUAUCCUGUGUGGAAGACACUAUGAUCGGAUUCAGUAUAAACGGUGUUUCUGGAUCGAAUUUAUUUGGAACAGUGAGCAAUGGUAAGGCUAAUGUAACCGUAGCUGGAUCCCUAGGAAACGGUGGAGCGAACAUGAUAGCCGUUGGUGAGAGCCAGGAAACAGACAUACCCCAGGCACUGAAAUGA